AUGAGAACCGUAAUAGGUGUGGCUGAACUGGGAGAGCUGAAAGUGGGAGAGGGAGAGUUCAAGGAUGUGGAGAAAGAGAAGGAAACCUGCAAUUACCUCAGCAAAGAGGAAAUCAAAGAGAAAGUUCAUAAAUACAAUUCAGCAGUCACAGACAAGUUGAAGAUGACCUUGAAUUCAAAUGGGAUUUACACUGGCUUCAUUAAAGUACAGAUGGAACUCUGCAAACCUCCCCAGACUUCUCUGAAGCCUGGAAAACUCGCUCCCAGUAGCAAUGGCUGUAUGAACACACUUCAUAUCAGCAGCACAAACACUGUCGGGGAAGUGAUCGAGGCCCUGCUCAAAAAGUUUCUCGUGACCGAGAGCCCUGCCAAGUUUGCACUUUAUAAGCGUUGUCACAGGGAAGACCAAGUCUACGCCUGCAAGCUCUCAGACCGGGAACAUCCACUCUACCUGCGUUUGGUAGCAGGGCCCAGAACAGACACGCUGAGUUUUGUUCUUCGUGAACAUGAAAUUGGAGAGUGGGAAGCUUUCAGCCUUCCAGAACUACAGAACUUCUUGCGCAUCUUGGACAAGGAAGAAGAUGAGCAGCUACAGAACCUGAAGAGGCGCUAUGCGGCCUACAGACACAAGCUGGAAGAAGCCCUCAGCGAGGUGUGGAAACCCGACUAAAGGGCCUGGCUCUCUGGCAGCGAGGCGCGGUGCAGGACCCGCGUACAAAACAACAGCAAGUGCCUCACCUCUCGCAGGGCUGUUUUCUUGCCCUUCGAUCUCUAGAUGUAGUUCUCCAAACCUGGUCACGCAGCAUCCUGCACCUUAAGCGUCCCCCGUAAGGGAGGCUGCAAGCUUGUUCUGUUACAGCACCGCGGUGUUACCUCUCGGCAAGCUGUGAACUGUAGUCUCUUCGGGAGCAUUCUAGAGUGCUUGGGAGCAUGAACUCUGGGGUUUUUUGUUUUGUUUUGUUUUUCGUCCUUAAUUUUCUUUUGGUUAUUUUAAUUAUGUGAUGAUGAUGUUAAGCUUAAGGUUGUGCAAAUGAUUUUUUAAAAGCUUAACUAGGAAUCUCUCUGAAUACUUGUCCUAUUUGGAAACUACCUGUCUGUUUUGUUUUUUUUAAAUGUCAGAGGAAUCUAUCCAUAUGAAUUGAAAGGCACAGGAAUCUAGGAACUCUUAAGAAAUUUGUGAAGGAUUUUGUAGCAUUUCGACAAAGAAAGUAAAAGCAAGUUUGGAAGAAGGCAUGUGUCGUGGUGGAGCGCUCAGGGCUGGGGAAGGGGCUUGGCUAGUAAGCUGAAGGUAGAGGAGAAAGGGGUAGUUGCUUAAAAAUGAAUUAAAAGCAUUCAGUGUUGAGGUGUUACACCCAUUUCAGGAUUGCUUGAUUUCCUGGUAAAAUGUGGGAACAGAGCCAAAGAGGCAGGAGCUAAACCAAAAGGAGGGACCCAUGAACUCUGCAGUUGACCAGAGAAUCAAGCAGGUGGAUCUUCAAAAUCUAGGUGGUGGGGGGCCUGGCGCUGCUGGAUCUGCCCCCGAUUCUGCCUCUUGGAGCGGAAGGUGGAAUCGGUGUAGCUUCUGUGCAUAGGCAGGGUAAUGGCCACGUGCUAACCCCUGUCGGGUUACAUACAGUAUAUAGUUUUUCCCCUAGAGGUGGUUUCAAAGUUGAAAAGCAAUUUGGGUAGGAGCAGCUACUUUUCCUUUGAUUGUUAGCUAGGGGGUUUAUCAAGUAAAGGGCUCACAGCAAACUUUUGGACAAUCACUCCCUUCCUUUUUAUUCCUCUUUUUCUUUUCCUUGUUUUCCCUUUU